AUGCUAGUCUGUGUCUCCAAAUCUAACCCUAACUCCGGUGAACCGGAAAGUGCGUCCAUUGUUGAGAAGUACUGCACCUCCAGCCUCACCGCCCAGCCGAUAGAAUGGAGUCGAAAUCCGAGUCUUGUUACCUACACAGUGCAUGUGGACCCAACCUUUAUGCCCCUGGAUACAGCUAAAAGCGGCUCCACAAGCAAGGGCAGACCCACCAAGUUCUCCCCUCCAGCUGCCUACGUUUUUAUUUGCCCAAAUGAUCCUGAAUACUAUACAAGUAAGGGGAAAGCCGACCUGAAGCAGUGGCUCGAAUUUUUGUCUACCCAAAAAGUCAAUAAUUCACUGAUCGUGACUAUUUCGAACAAGGAUAAGAAGGUUCCGGCCAAAUCCUCGGUACUCCACAAGCUAAAGAUGGACUUUAUGAUCGACGCCAGCGACAGGUUGGUAGACGUGCCGACGGAUUUUCAGUCCGCAUCCGGCGCAUGGCAGUCUUUACUGUCAAAGAUGCGCAAUCUCAUACUGCGUGCCUUGGGCUCCAAACUAGAUACGGCUGAAAACACGGCCAAGUCUCUCCUUGCUUCUCACAGUGAAGCUGAUUGGGAUUUUAUGGAUUUUCUGGACUGCCAGGAGGAGAUCGCCACCCUCUACUCCUGCCUGAACCUCUCCGAGGAGGCGAUGCAAUGUCUGGACAAGGCCGAUCACUGGCUCACUUCUUCGUUGGCUGAGGCUCAGGAAGGCGGUACGAAAUCUCACUCCUUCUUUUUUUUUUUUAAAUUAUUGCCUCAUUUUGCCUUCAGUCUGCAUUAUGCACUGGCCUGCAGAGGAAGUACUGUUUUGUUGCUGUUAGUGCGUCUGUCCCCGUUCGGCGCCCGGCUAUCGAGUUCGCACAUGGUGUACUAG